CUGAAAGCGAUUGGUGACUUGCAUUUUCAGCCAUCCAGUGCUGAUGCUGAUGUGCGGCUAUGGGCUCUGGCCCAUCCACUGCAGUCUCGGUCUCGGCCUUCGCAGAAAAGUCUCAGCGCCGCUUUGGAGAGCUCUCGGACUUUGCGGAUUCUGACCUCCCGGAGCGGCUGGCGCAGGACGGGCGCUUGCUGGCAGACUUUGCAUUGUUCCUGCACGAGGGGCACCGGCAUGAGGAACUCCUUGACCUAUGGGCUCUUGACUUGGCGUGCGCUGGAAACUGGAGCGAAAGUGAGGAGGCACCUGCCUGCAUCAGCUUUGGAGACAGGCGCAACACAAUUAGGGAUUGCUGCUGCAAGCUUGUCGAAAACUUGGAAAGGGCAUGGGAGGAGUACCAAGCUUCACCUGAAGGCUUGGGAAACUUUGACGACACACGGGAGUGGAUGCCGCAUGACUUUCCCGAUGAUGCCAUUCUACAGAAGAUCAACAGUGAUGACCCUCAAUCAGUCAGCAAAGACCAUGCCAACUAUGCUUUCUCCAUAGCUGCAAUGGUGGGCAUCCACGUUAGUGUGGUGUGUUCAGACCUCGUCUCAGCAUGGGCAAGUGAAGCAGCUGGCAUCACUGAGGGCUGCACAGAUGCCUUUCACAGACGCGUGCCCAAGCUUGAUCUUCAGAGCUGCUUGCAGGAGCAGAUUCGUGUGUUCCCCGUGCCGCCAAACGGCUCCGCUUACAGCCCUCAGACCUGUCUUGACAAGACCUUCCACAUGGAAGAGUUUGCUCCCAGGCUUUUUGCUCAAGUUCGCAGACUCACUGGUGUCUCUAGUGAGUCGUACUUUGAGUCGGUCUGCAGAACAGAUUUCCAAUUCAUCGCGUUCGGCACAAACUCCAAGAGCGGUGAGCUUUUUUUCUUCACCUAUGAUCAGAAGUAUUUGAUUAAGACCACCUCCGAGCUGGAGGCAAAGACCCUCCUCCGAAUGCUGCCGCGCUAUUUGGAAAGGCUGGAAGAAGAACCUCGCUCAAUGCUGGGAAGAUACAUGGGACUCUAUCGAGUUAGCAUGGAGGGCGAGCAGUCCAGAUUGUUCUUCGUCAUGCGAUCUGUGACAACGCAUGAACUGGGCAUUUGCCAUACGUAUGACAUCAAAGGCAGCUUUCGAAACCGGAAGGCCAAGCAACAUGAAGCGGUUGGGAAAGAUCUGAACUUCGACGAGGAGAUGGGCAGCUCCCUCAACUUGCCGCCUGAUAUAGCCGCAGAGGUUGCUGAGGUCCACGAAGGAGACCUGGAGCUUCUGCAGGAGUUCAGAAUAAUGGACUUCUCCUUGUUGGUGCAGAUUCACGACACCUCUGGCACUUUUGGAAGCGCCGUCACCCAACAGUGCAGCGUCAGGCUGGACAAGAAGGCGAAGCGUAGGUGGCGAGACUCGCUGCCUUUGCUGAACCUUCGCAGCAGCAGAAGAAAGCACUCAAGACGACAGAGAUCACGCGAAAUGUCGAAUUCAAAUGGGAGUCGUCGUCUCGAUGGGCACCAGGUGCAGGUGCGUGCUGGGACCACUGCAGGAGCUUGGACACGCCAAGGUACCUUGUCACAGCUUCCAGAGAGCCCUACCAGUCCACUGCGACCAAAGUGGGUCCCGCACGACGGUAGUCUUGUACGCCUUGAUGGAACUAUGAAGUACACCAUGGGGCUGAUAGAUAUGUUGGUCCCGUUCACUGCGUAUCCAAAGAUGCAAUAUGUUGGCAUGGAGGUCAUCACAUGUGGCCGUGGAACAGAAAGCAGCCGUGUGCCACCUGACUUCUAUUGUGAGAGGCAGAUUGAGAAGGUCCAUGCGAUGUGCGACCAGGAG